AUUUUGACACUGAAAGUUGUACAAUUCAAAAAUCCCUAUCCCUAGGAACAACACUGAAUAUAACCUAAUUUUUAAGUUUUAAAAAAUUGUAAAUUUUUAAUUAUGAGAAUCUUUCGAAUAAUUCGAAGUUUACAAAAUAAAUCUAAUUUUAGGAAAUAUUUUAGCAAUUUUACGAAUACGGCAUCAGUCAGACUUACAAAUAUACAAAGUCAUGUACCAAAAAUACCUCUGAACCAUCAUAAUAUCGGGAAAUAUUCAACUGAAAAUGAUGAAGAACUUGAAGAUUACUCAUUAAUUGAAACAGACGCCCUCGAUAUAAUGGAGCAAACAAAAUAUAUAUUAUUUAAAGAUUCAAAAGAUAAUGUGAUAAAUGAAUUAAAUGGUUGUAAUAAUAUGGAAGAUGUUUGGAAUACUUUAAAUGCACAUAAAAAUAACUUGAACGAUGAACAAUUAACACAAAGUGUAUUAGUUUUAAAAGAUAUACAAAUCAAAUUUUGUAAAGUUAAUAGUAAAAGAAUUAAUCCAUCUUUUGAGUUUUUAAAUCAGUUAAAAAAUUCCAAAGAAUUUGAUGGCUUGAUUAGUACAAUAAUGAGUAGUAUAGAAAAUUUCAACACUAAUUAUUUAAGCUUCGUGUUUCUAUAUUUACAACGGAUAGGAAUGAAUAUUGAAGAAGAACCAAUGCUUAUGAUUGGUCAAAAGCUAAAAAAUGACUUGGAGCAAGAAUUUGAUUUAUCUGUUUGUAGCAGGUUUUUGAAAGUAAUUUUUCUGGAGAAUAGUGUUAGACCUUACUAUAUGUCUUUAAAUUUGAUUCCCAAAAUCAUAGAAGCUUUAGAUAAAUGUAAAGCCAUAGAAGAUUUAUCAAACAUAUCUGUAUGUCUUUAUAAAUUACACAACAUGUUAACUCCACCAGUUUUAAAAAAAUACACUAACGUCGUUGAUGUUUUUUUAAAAACAAAUAAAUUAAGUGCCUCAGAUUAUGGUACUAUUUUAAAAGUACUUAAUUUUUUGUGUGUACCUUCUUGGAGAGAAGAAAAUGUUGAACUGAUGUCAAAAUGUAUAUUGUUGUUAAACAAUUAUGUAAAUAAAUUAGAUAUUCCAUAUCUUCUACUGCUGUAUGAGAUUUUCUUCAAAAUUCAAGAACCGGGAGAAUUACUCAAUGAAAUACAAAGGAGUGCGGCAAAAUUCUGGCAACAAAUUGAAGAAGGAGGUUCACUCGAUACAAAUGCAGCCUUAAAAUUAUUUUCUGCUUUAAUAUUUUUCUCUUCCCCAUUACAUAGAAUUCAGCUACGUAAGGAUAUCGAAAAAUUACUAAAAACAGACUUAGAUAUAAGAAAUUUGAUACUAAUUAGAAAAAUAUUUUCAUAUGUCAAAAUAUCAGAUAAAAAAUUAUGUCAAAAAUACUGGGACAUUUGGAGUAAUCUGCUAAAAGAAAAAUAUGAUAACUUUUUAGUAUCGAAAUCUUGUUUGAAUUAUAUGCAAUUUAACACGGACAUCGACAAUUAUAGAAAUUUUAACUUUGAAAAGAAAGUUUUGGAACUGAUGAGGAAUUUAAUUAGACGGGAUGCUAUAAUUUCACCUGAACAUUUGGGCACGUUUCUGGCAUUUGUAAUAUGUUACAGCGACGAUGAAACUUUACUACAAGUAAUACUAAAUAAGUUCAAGAAAAAUCCCAGACAGCUUAAAAUAAAAGAAAUAUUACUUUUAUCACAAACAUUUACUGCACGCAGUAAAUGUUGUACCAAAGAAGAUUUUAGAGAACUUCAAAACAUCUUAAAUGAAAGCACUAGACAUAUAGUUUCUUUGAAUGACAAUUAUGAUAGUAAUUCUUUAUUAAUAAAGGCCGCCAUUAUGCGAGACAAUUAUGAUAAUGACUUCGUAGAUAACUUAAUGAUAAAACUCAAAGAAGUUAAUUAUAUGAGUUCUAAAUUGAUAGAAAGUAUCUCCUUUAUCUUUAUGAGUACAAAUACACUUAUACCGGAAGUUUUUAAUAAAAUUACAGAAUACUUGCUUAAAAAUAAAAACAAUAUAAUUGGAUUUAAUGCAGAAAAAAUUUUAUUCAUGUGUUUUCACUUAUCAUAUUAUCCCAUAAAUGCUGAUAAGUUUUUUCAAGCUGCGACAGAUGUUAUAAUAAGGGAUCAAGAAAGACUGAGUGGUUUGGCUUUUCUACAGUGUGCUCUCGCAUUAAGUUUUUUCAAUAAAUUACCAAGUUUCCUGGUCAAACAAAUUUUUAAUGUAGAAUUCAUGGAUAGAUUAGAUAAUGAAUUGGCCAAUUGCUACUCAAAGGAAAAAUAUCCGCAAAGGGUAAGACAGACAUUGAUGUACUUAAACAGAACUGUUUGUUUGGAGUAUCCCGAAUUCAACAUUCCAUGGUUUCACGAAAAGUACAUCCAAGAUGUUCAAAAACGAUAUGCAGUUGAACACAGCUUACCGAGAUCUAUUCAGGAAUAUUUAGUAGAAAUUGUUGGUGGAAACAUUGUAGAAAAUGUUCUUACACCUUAUGGUUACCACAUUGAUUUUGUCAUUAAUUUGAAUGAGGAAAAUAAUGUUGUGGCUCCUAAAUCGGAUUCUAUAAGAAAAAGGGUGGCUCUCCUCCUGUUGAAACACUACGCUUAUACCCGCUUUUACAAACAUUUGAGAGGAACAUACCAAAUGAAAAUCAAACACCUUGAAAUAAUGGGAUAUAAUGUGUCUUUAAUACAGUUUGAAGAAUGGUCAAACUUGUUAUAUACUUCAGAAAGGGUAGAUUAUUUAAAAAAAUUGAUAUGGCCGGACCAUUACGAUAUUAUGUGGGCAACAAAAAGAUGAAUAUCGUUUUAAUAAUAUAGAGGCAAAUAUAUUAUACGCAUUGAAAUUGAAAACAUUUUAUAAUGUUGAUAAUUAUUCCAAAGGACUGCAGACAAUGUAAAGGAAGGUUGAAUAAAGUAAUUUUAUUGUUAUUUUUUAUAAAAUAAAAUUUGAAUGUUUU